AUGUUGACUACUGAGCACACAUUGACAUCACCAAAUGCUGACAAGCAAACACAAGAAAACUUUUUAGAAAUCUCCCAAUCAUGUUCAGCGACAAACACAACUGUAACCAGUCCAGCCACCACUGCAUUUUUACCAACAUGUGUAGCUUCUACCAGCACAGAAUUCAUACCAUUGUCGUCUAUACAAGCUGUGCCGAAAGCAACAUCACAAAAUCGACGACGAAAAGGCAAAAAGUCAAUAAUUGCUCCUGAUAGUCCCUUUAAAUCUGAAUUAGAAACUAAGAACAAAGAGGAAGAAGAGAAAUAA